GAUUUUGGCCGCUAAACAGCCAUGGAGUUUUACUAUUUAUACGACUAAUCAACAUUUACGUGCACUUCUAUCACUCUUCUUAGCUCUAAAAUAGUCCUCGUUGGCGUCGCUGACGUGAAAACACCAAUUAGUAAUAUCGGGGUCAAAACGUGAAAAUAUAAAUUUACAGGGGCUAAAAGAAUAUGUGCCGUAAACAAAAGGGUGACAGAAAGCAGAAGAAAAAAGAAUGUAGCUUUUAAGAAAGGAAGGAAACAUGAACAGAAGCUUCUCUCUCAGAUUGACCACAAAAGAAGCAGAAUAAUAAUCCCACAGAGAACUAGAUUCUUUCUUUCUUUCUUUAAACCCUUAAAGAUUGUCCGGUUAAAAUAGGAAAGAUGUUGUGUAGAAUGGUGGUGGUGACCGGCCGGAAGAAGAAAGCCGGUUCGGUUCCGGUUUAUCUGAAUGUAUACGAUCUCACACCCAUCAAUGGCUACGCUUACUGGUUAGGACUUGGGGUCUACCACUCUGGCGUUGAAGUUCAUGGGGUUGAGUACGGUUUCGGAGCACACGAGCAUUCGACAACGGGGAUCUUCGAGGUGGAACCGAAGCAGUGUCCAGGUUUCACGUUCAGGAAGUCUAUUUUGAUUGGAAGAACAGAUUUGGAUCCUGAGAAAGUCCGCGCCUUUAUGGAGAAGCUUGCUGAAGAGUACAGCGGAAACACUUACCAUCUCAUUACAAAGAACUGUAAUCACUUUUGCAAUGAUGUCUGUGUUCAGCUGACAAGAAGAUCUAUCCCUAGUUGGGUUAACCGUCUUGCUCGCUUUGGUUUGUUCUGCAACUGUGUUUUGCCUGCGGAGCUGAACGAGACGAAGGUGAGGCAAGUUAGAUCGAAAGAGGAGAAGGUUCCGGAAGCAGAAGAGAAGAAACUUAGGAGCAGGUCAAGUAGGUUUCCACCUGGUCCUUCGCUAUCUUCGUCGGGGUCUUUGAACAGGAGCAGAAGAGGAGGAGGGGAAAGGAGAAGACAAUGUCUUCCUCCAUCACCACCUGUGACUGCUUAGGUUUUAGAUUCUCCUAGUAAAAUCUCUUACUCUUUCUUUUUUUAUGUUUUGUAAUUUGAUUCGGGUUGUAAUGGUUUCAAGAAGUUGUGUUUAUGUGAACAAACGUUUUAUUGAUGGUAAUGGUAUAAUAUCAUUACAUUACUUUGAACAAUUAUAAAGUGAAGAAGAUAAGUUAAGUCCA